AAAAAAAAAGGUCAAAUUAUUCUUUAAUUAAAACAAGCAAAGAAUGGAUACUCAACAGGUGGCUUCUAAGCCUACUACAUUAUUAAUACAGCCAGAUAAACUUUCAUUUACACAGCAAAAUAGAAAAGAAAAAUCCACAAUACAUCAACAACUAAAUGACCUCAUAUUUGGAUCGAUUGCUGGCAUGAUUGGAAAACUCGUUGAGUAUCCAUUUGAUACCAUUAAAGUUAGACUUCAAACACAGCCUUUGGAUCAACCAUUCUUUUCGGGCCCUUGGGAUUGUUUUAAAAAGACGAUUAAACAAGAAGGCUUUAAAAGUUUAUUUACAGGUUUAUCAUCUCCAUUGAUAGGAUCCAUGGUAGAAAAUGCUGCAUUAUUUGUUGGUUAUCGUCAAGUUCAACGUAUGAUUCGAGACUUUUCAAUGACAGAUGAGGAACGCAAGAAGAUGCUCUAUUUACCUGAAGAUAAACUACCCCCUUUAUCAAUGAGUCAAUUAAUAUUGGCAGGAGCAGCCUCUGGCGCAAUCGCGUCAUUUGUAUUAACACCUGUAGAAUUAAUUAAAUGUAAACUUCAGGUUCAAUUAGGUAAUCAAACUAAUGUGCAAGGUGUACGAUUCACGGGUCCCUUUCAUGUCAUUCGUCAUGUGAUGCAAACUCAUGGACUACCCGGAUUUUAUAGAGGAUUUUUAGCCACUCUUUUAAGAGAGGCCGGUGGUGGUGCUUUCUGGUUUGGUGCUUAUGAAUAUACGUGUGCUGAAUUUAUUAAAUAUAGACAAAAAAGGACAGGAGAGAUGAUAACCAAGAAAGAUUUAUCUGCUCCAGAAUUGAUGCUUGGCGGUGCAUUAGGCGGUAUGGCUUAUAACAUGUCUCUUUUCCCUGUGGAUGUGAUAAAAUCGCAAAUGCAGACGGAUGAACAAUUACUGGUAGGUAAUUGUCAACGUUCCUUUUUCCAAACAGCAAAAGAACUGUAUACAGUAGGUGGCUACAGAGCUUUUUAUAGAGGUUGCGGUAUUACAGUGGCUCGUAGUGCGCCAACAUCAGCUAUUAUUUUCUUGACUUAUGAAACACUUUCUCGUCACUUUGGUUAAAACAAUAAUACCCCCUUUCUUCCCUUUUUUAUUUCAUUAUAAUGAUAUUCUUAUCUUUUUGUUUUUAUAUGUUUUUUUUUUGUGUGUGUAAUAAAAU